UUCACAUCCAUAACUACAAGUUUGGUGGUAGAGAGAGAGUCUGCGUGUUACCAAAAAGAGGGGUGAACCGAAGCAGAGCCGUUAUCUAUCCAUCGACUCACCAGAAAUCAAAAUCAAUCAAUCAACCAAAUCUUCUCAUAAAUUCAUCAAUUUCAAUCCGCAAUCUUCCCCUUUUCGAUUCAACCCUUUUUCACACGUUUCCCCCAAUUCGAUUUCUAGGGUUUUGUUUCAAGAUUUUCAAGAAUUUGCCACCAUGGUUUACGAUUCGAUCGCUAACGCUUUGAUCCCAAAUGUUGCAUCAAACGCUAAGGAUUUUGGAAAGAAGAAGAGGGUGAAUAGGACUGCUAAAUUGAAGCAGAGCAAGCUUGAUGUUCGUAGAGAACAGUGGCUUUCACAAGUGAAGAACAGGGGGGUAGGGGUCAAGGAAGAAACAAAGGUUAGUGGUGGUGUGAAAAGGGCUGAUGCGGAGGCGCAUGCGGUUAACGAGAGAGAGCUUUCAAUGGUGAAAUUGGAAGUUAGUGUUGGUAAGGAAGAGAACGAGGGUUUGAUGAAUCAUUACAGUGAUUCGGAAUCGCCGUCGAACAGUCCUACGAAUUUCACUGGGAGUAGUAGCAGAAGCAGCAGUGGGAGCAGCAGUAGCAGUGGCGGUUGUUUUUCGAGAAGCAUGACGGAUGAAGAUGAUGGCGACUGUGAUGAUAAUGAUAACGAUAAGGAUAAUGAUAAUGAUAAUGAUAAUGAUAAUGAUAAUGACAAUGAUGAUGAUGAUUGUUUGGAUGAUUGGGAAACCAUGGCUGAUGCUUUAGCGGCUGAUGACGUUCAAAACAAUCAAAACAACCAUAAUCUGGAGUCCCCUGUGCAUGAAACCGCACCCGAGUCAGAGUCUGUCUUAACCAAGGGUACAGGUCAAGAAGGUCAUCGGGCCUGGAGACCUGACGAUGCGUCCCGUCCUCAAAGUCUGCCGAAUUUGCUAAAACAAAACAGUUUCCCAAUGCAAUCAGGGUCACACCAUGGUCUCAUAUUUGCUCCGUCAUCUUGUCCUAUAUGUUGUGAAGAUUUAGACAUGACCGAUUCAAGUUUUCUACCGUGUCCGUGCGGUUAUCGGCUCUGCCUAUUCUGCCACAAGAAGAUUCUCGAAGAUAACGGCCGAUGCCCUGGCUGCAGGAAGCAGUAUGAGCAGACUGACAACAAAACUGCGACAUUCAAGCUUACCCGUUGUUACAGUGUGAAUCCGAGGCGUUAGAAACAAGUAGUCUAUGGAUGGUAUGGUGUGUCUUCUUUUUUAUUCAGCUUCUUGCAUGUUUGGUUACCGUUAGACACCGGCACUAGUGCUAGGUUUGUCAAUAUAGACAGUAUUACGAUUACCUUAGUGUUUGGGAGUUAUGAUGCUGGUUCUCUUAUGAGUUUGAUCUACAUUUCUAUGGUACUAUGCUUUUAUAGAGGACAAGUGGGUAUGUUAAUACAUAAGGUGGUAUAGAAAUUGAAUACAUUGUUUUCGAAUGGAAUGCAAAUUAUGCCUUUUUGAUUUG